GCAGGCGCCACGACAUGCGGAGCUUUGAGGAAGUCCUUCGCUUCGUCGUGCAGCUGGAUGCGCUCGAGCCGCUGCACUGCGACUACCGCGAGCUCUACGGACUGCCGCUCAACACUCUCAUCCUCGGCUUCCAGCUCGACAAAGACUCGGAGCAGUACUUUGUCCCGCGGGAUACGAUGCUGCAUUUGGUGCAGAGCGGCGCCAUGAACGGUCGUCGGCGCAAAGAGGGCAUAGUGCGCGAGACCCAGUACUCGCUGCCGACGGCCGCGCUGCUGCUCAACACCAGCGUUGGUCUUCUUGCCGAGAUCGAGCAGCGCAAGCGUAGUAUCGAAGCCAAGCGCGAGCGCAUUGCACAGCAGCUCGCGGCGCACGAAGCGGCCGCCGAAAAGGAACAGCAGCGGCUGCGGCUUCAGAACCGCAUUCUCGCCUUGCGCAAGGAAGUGGACGAGCGCAAACAAGCGCAGUCACGGGUGAAAUCGGUCGUCAAGGUCGAGAAGCAGCUGCUGCAGCUCGAUGAGCGCAUUCCGCGGACGCUCGUGCACCUUCUGGACAUUCACAACAAGGCGAGUGACGAGCGCAGCGGUAUCUGGGAACGACGGACCGAGGUGCUCAAGGUCGCCCACAAAAUCCGAUCCAAGCAAGCCCAUUUGGUCGUCCAGCUCCAUGACAUUUACCCCAUCUCGUACGUUGGCGCGGGCGAAUAUUGCAUUGGCGGCAUCAAAUUUAUGAACGCCGACGUGGCCAACGGCAAAGACGAUGAAAUGCUCUCGACGGCGCUCGGCUACAUUGCCCACUUUGUAUUUAUGCUCGCCAAGUAUCUCGACGUGAACCUCCGGUAUACCAUCGUGCACUGCUCGUCGCGCUCGUUCAUGCGAGACGAUGUGAACGACCCAAACAUCGAGUACCCGCUCUUCAAGCGCGGCGUCGAGAAGGACCGGUUCGAGAAGGCGUGCGUCUUUCUCAAGAAGGACGUCGAGCAGUUGAUGCAAGCACGGGGCCUCGAAAUCGUCGUCAACAGCCAGCUCCUCAUCCGCCUCAAAUCGAUCGUCGACGCUGAAGUGGCGUGGCUCCAAGCAAAUAGCAGCGCAGCCUCGUCGUCCUAAUGGAACGACAG